AUGUAUGCUGCCACCCCAGGCCUGAGUGGCUUCCCCACCCUGCUCCUGUCCCUGCUCCUGUUCCGUCCUGGGCUCCAAGCUCCCAUUGAACAGCACCGGAGCGUGAACCUGACAGACUUCAAUGGGACCAUCAGGGAAAUCCAGCGGGGGCUGGGGUCUGCACCUGCGGAGCCGGACCCGAGCCUUGGGAGGAAAAACCUAUGUGCAUUCCUGAAAUCUAUGAACUCCUCAGACGAAACAUUUAAGAUGAUGAGGAAAAAUCUUGAGAAAAACCCUGUCAUCAUCAAGAACUGGGACGACUUCCGAGAGAAACUGAACUACUAUCUGGAGAACAUGCUUUCUAAUGAGUCCAAGGCAACAGGGAGCACCAGUACCCCUCUUCCAUGGGGCAUUGUCCCCGUGUAUUCUCCGGGGGACUGGAACUGCUGA